CGCCCCGCACUUCGUUCCUUUCCCUUCGUGACAUUUUUGCGAAACCCACACCGUGUUCCAUGUGAUAAAAUUAUCUAGCUAAAAUUCUCACUGGGGCAUGGUAGGCAAAGAUUAUUACGCUAACACCCGUGAAAUAAUAUCUAUAAUCGUGGUAAAGUUUUUUCGUGCCAAGUGCAAUUAAACAAUCAAGAUUCCGCCGUUAAUUCAAAGCCUACCCAGUGGGUGGCUUAUUUUGGGAGCACCGGGUGAGUCCGGCGCGUCAUCCAGUGCCGGGCGAAACGAGCCCGUGAGAGAGACGGUGUGCGAAGGUGUGUGCCCCACGCCACGCUGCUGGCGCCGCGCGCUCAACGUGGAUCCGCCCUGGCUACGUGCCCGGGCCCGCUGACGCUCAACCACCCUCUUAACGUGACAUCUGUGGAUUAGCGCUAGUGGGCCCACAAGACUCGGCUCGAUUACGUGACACAGCCCCCCGUUCGGUCCGUCGGCUAUUGCCGCCCCCACAGCAUAGCGCCCGCAGCGCCCCGCACUGUCGGGGUCCGGGCCCAGCCAACGGAGAGAACCUAUCUAUCUAUUGACGAGUGAAAAUAACUCUUAGUGUAAUUAAUAUAGUGAAUUGAAUUGCGCUAAACAUCAAGGGGGAAUUUUGCAGAAUCCACAUUUUAAAUUUUCGUUCAACAAUUUUUAAAGAAGGAAAGAUGAAGGUUGUCGAAGAUCAACCGAAGAUCCGCGUAAUGGAGGGGAGCUGGUCCCCGCUAGGCACGAUCCGCGAAGUGGUAGAAGGAGGGGCGCAGGAAGACCCAUUCUACGUCAUGGACUUGGGGGAGGUCGUGGCGAGAUACAACAACUGGAGGGAGCUCUUGCCACGCGUCGAGCCGUUCUAUGCGGUGAAAUGCAACGAUGACAAGCUACUGGUGAGCACUCUGGCCGCCCUGGGCGCCAACUUCGACUGUGCUUCAAAGGCCGAGAUACAACUCAUCACCUCGCUGGGCGUUGCUCCUGAACGUAUAAUCUUCGCGAACCCGGCGAAGAUGGCGUCGCACAUCCGUUACGCGGCCGCGAUGGGUGUUGACACCAUGACCUUCGACUCGGAGACCGAGCUCAUGAAGAUCAAGCAGUACAUGCCGCAUGCGCAACUGGUAAUACGCAUCCGCUGUGACGCAGCCGCUGCACAAUGUCCGCUGGGCAUCAAAUUCGGUUGCGAUGCCGUCCAUGAGGCGCCAAGGCUGCUCAAGCUCGCCGCAGUGCUGGGUCUAGAUGUGAUCGGCGUGUCGUUCCACGUGGGGUCUGGGGCCGGCGAGUCGGCCGUGUACGCGCGCGGAAUUGCGCUCGCGCGCGCGCUCUUCACCUUCGCCGCUUCCGCGGGCCACCGCCGCAUGGCGCUGCUCGACAUCGGCGGGGGGUUCCCGGGAGGUUCCGAUACGUCUAUCGCUGAGGUUGCGGGCGUAAUAAACACGGCACUAGAGACGCACUUCCCCGAGAACACCGUGCGCGUGAUCGCCGAACCAGGCCGCUACUUCGCCGCUGCUGCUUACACACUCGCCGCCCAGAUACACGCCAAGAGAGAGAUCCCAUCGAAGGAUGGUGAGGACAACGAAUCUCACACGAUGUACUUCAUCAACGACGGCGUGUACGGAUCGUUCAACUGCGUGCUCUACGACCACCAGAACGUCGCUGCAAAUCCACUAUAUCCAACUUCGGAAAAGCCUACCCCUUGUUCGGUUUGGGGCCCGACUUGCGACGGCCUGGACUGCGUCCUGCCCUCGACGCAGUUGCCACCGAUGAGCGUGGGUCAGUGGCUGGUGUUCCGCGACAUGGGCGCGUACACGCUACCCGUGGCGUCCGCAUUUAACGGGUUCCCAGUGCCCACCGUUAGGACCAUGCUAUCUGCUCCACUCUGGUCGAUGCUAAAAGAGUUUUGGCCGUUGGAUGAGGCGCGUCUAGAGACGGGUCCGCCGGUGUCGCUGCCGCCGUCACCUCCGCCGCUUGAGGCCGUCACCAACCAUCACGCCGUCUUCGUCGAGUGCGCGCUCAAGUGACCCGUCUCUCCUCCCUUUCUGUUUGUACGAGUGUCUAUGCGCUUAACUUUACCGUCAAUUUCAUAAGGAACCGCGAGUUAUUCGCUAGUGACCAAUUGGGGCGCUCCAUAUGUUGCCAUACAAAUAUGUAUUUCUUUACCUCGGAAGCUUAACGCGUUAUUUUUUUUUACUU